UCGUUUUCGUGCCGUACGGUGUGUUUACCUUAACGAUGUCUAAAGCAGUGUUUCGUUGUCUUCUCUACUUCGCACUCUUCCAGUCUCUCCUCGCCGACACAAAACGCUGGACGGCCAACACAAACUGGCACAACAAGAACAACUGGGAUCGAAGCGACCUGCCGUGCAGCGCCGACCACGUCCUUUUCCAGGAGCUCGACUCGACAAGCUAUUCCAUCUUCGUCGCCAGCGACGUCGUCGUGAACGAAAUCGUUUUUCCACUCGACGGCAGCCUCAUACUCGACAGUGGCAUAUCCAUCACGUUCAGCAACGACAGCGAGUGUGAUGAUGGCGGGUCGAGAGCAGGAGGCGAUAUCGAGUUUAUUGGCGGUCAACGGAAGAACUGGUACGACGUUAGACAGUGGGAAACGGUUGAUAAAUUGAGUAGCCACGAGUUGGACGUCGAUUUGCCUUUGAAUCGUAUUCCUUGCGAGCACGACGACGUCAUCUUUCCGGACCGGUCCUCGUUCAGCGUGUCUAUCGAUCGCAAAGUGGUGGUGAAGAGCAUGCAAUAUCAAGGGGAUGCGUUGUCCAACGAUGGGCUACAGGAGUUGUUGCUGAAUGUGGAAGGCAAGCGUCAAUUUCAGUUAAUCCAUAAAGGAGAUCAGGAAACGUCUCUGAGCAUUAGUGGGUUAACAUGCUCGGAUAGCGCGGGUUGUCCUUGCGGCAAUAGCAUGGACGACGCGAACUUCAUCCAGGAGGGGUGUCGCACUUAUGUUCAUGAUACUUGUACCAGUAGAGGUGACCUUGAUUGCGAGAAUCCAAUCACUCCGGCAGGUGCGUGCUGUCCAGUGUGCGGGUCUAACGUGGAAGUGACUAUUUCAAGAGAGAAUCAGGCGAAUUUUAACUACGAGGCGUUCAAGCAGGCCAUCUAUGGCAUCCUUCAAGGCAACACCAGCGGUGCCGGUAUCGUUCGCGUUCCGCCUUCAGAGCAAGAUGGCGGCGCACUGAUUUACUCCAUCUUUUUUCUGACCGGCGGAGACACGGAGAAAGCCCGUGCACUAAGCCGUGCUCUUGUAAAUCUCUUUACUAUUUCGGGCGUCGAAGGAAUCGUAUUGCCGGAGAUUGCUGUGAAGAGUAGAAUCGAAAUUGUUGAAGUCUCCCCAACUGUAGUUGUGGAAGGACAAACGUCGCCAGGCGAUGACGACAACACGAAGAUUUACAUCGGUAUUGGGGCUGCCGGAGGCGUCGUACUCAUUCUUGCUGUCGUCAUUGUCGUUCUAGUCGUACAGAGACGACAAAGCAAGAAGCAGGGGUUGAGCCAUAGUCAAGGCUUUGGCACGUCGAGUCUGCCAGGAGACAAAUUGGGUGUCGUUUCGUUCUCGAAUGUUUCAGAAAACGCUACCGCUACCCUGGAAGGCUUCGACAACCCGAUGUAUGACGAAAGAAUCAAAUCGAACCCCGUCUAUGACACUGCCCACGAGGGAACGACGGUUGUCAAUCCUGUCUACAUGGACGAAGAUGCUGAUGAUUGAGUAGGUUGACGAAAACGAGCGCGUUGCUAGCACUGCUAUAUUUGUCUUGCGUAGCAUCAGAUUGUGAUGCAGUCGAUGUAGUAAGCAUGUAGCCUACCUACGGAUGUAGACAAUUUCAAUUUCUAAACGCUUCAACUCUAGCUCUUGUCUAGACAGAAUUAUCAGCAUGCACGGACAGGCUUGUGAUCCGGUCUAGUCGUGGAAACAGCA